GCCACCUACCCGCCCGGUCCCGUCCCCUCCUGUUCCUCCCAGGGAGGAGGAUGGGGUUGGAAACGCUUUCCCCGAGGAUGCUCGUGUGGCUGGUGGCCUUGGGCACUGUUUUCUAUGGGGAGCUGUCGUUCUGCGCUGGCCUCGAUUAUGAUUACACUCUGGAUGGGAACGAAGAGGAUAAAACGGAGACCCUCGAUUACAAAGACCCUUGCAAAGCCGCUGUAUUUUGGGGUGAUAUUGCCUUAGAUGAUGAAGACCUAAAUAUCUUUCAAAUAGAUAGGACAAUCGACCUCACACAGAACCCCUUUGGAAAACUUGGACAUACCACAGGGGGACUUGGAGACCAUGGUAUGUCAAAGAAACGAGGAGCCCUCUACCAACUUAUAGACAGGAUAAGAAGAAUUGGCUCUGGCUUGGAGCAAAACAACACAGUUAAGGGAAAAGUACCUCUAAAAUUCUCAGGGCAAAAUGAGAAAAAUCGAGUUCCCAGAGCUGCCACAUCAAGAACUGACAGAAUAUGGCCUGGAGGCGUUAUUCCUUAUGUUAUAGGAGGCAACUUCACUGGUAGUCAGCGAGCCAUGUUCAAGCAGGCCAUGAGGCACUGGGAAAAGCACACGUGUGUGACUUUCAUUGAAAGAGGUGAUGAAGAGAGUUACAUUGUAUUCACCUAUAGGCCUUGUGGAUGCUGCUCCUAUGUAGGUCGGCGGGGAAAUGGGCCUCAGGCAAUCUCUAUUGGCAAGAACUGUGAUAAAUUUGGAAUUGUUGUUCAUGAAUUGGGCCAUGUGAUAGGCUUCUGGCAUGAACACACACGACCAGAUCGAGAUAACCAUGUAACCAUCAUAAGAGAAAACAUCCAGCCAGGUCAAGAGUACAAUUUUCUAAAGAUGGAGCCUGGAGAAGUAAACUCCCUCGGAGAAAGAUAUGACUUUGACAGUAUCAUGCACUAUGCCAGGAACACCUUCUCAAGGGGGAUGUUUCUGGAUACCAUUCUCCCCUCCCGUGAUGAUAAUGGCAUACGUCCAGCAAUCGGUCAGCGAACCCGUUUAAGCAAAGGAGAUAUUGCACAGGCAAGAAAGCUGUAUAGAUGUCCAGCAUGUGGAGAAACCCUGCAAGAAUCCUAUGGCAACCUUUCCUCCCCAGGAUUUCCAAAUGGCUACCCUUCCUAUACACACUGCAUCUGGAGAAUUUCUGUGACCCCAGGGGAGAAGAUUGUUUUAAAUUUUACCACAAUGGACCUAUACAAGAGUAGUUUGUGCUGGUAUGACUACAUUGAAGUAAGAGAUGGGUAUUGGAGGAAAUCACCUCUCCUUGGUAGAUUCUGUGGGGACAAAGUUUCUGAAAUUCUUACUUCUACAGACAGCAGAAUGUGGAUUGAGUUUCGCAGCAGCAGUAACUGGGUAGGAAAAGGCUUUGCAGCUGUCUAUGAAGCAAUCUGUGGAGGUGAGAUACGUAGAAAUGAAGGGCAGAUUCAGUCCCCUAAUUAUCCUGAUGACUAUCGACCGAUGAAAGAAUGUGUGUGGACGAUAACGGUGUCCGAGGGCUCCCAUGUGGGACUGACCUUUCAGGCCUUUGAGAUCGAAAGGCAUGACAACUGUGCCUAUGACUACCUAGAAGUUCGAGAUGGAAUAAAUGAAAAUAGCCCUUUGAUAGGGCGUUUCUGUGGUUAUGAUAAACCUGAAGAUAUAAGAUCCAUCUCUAACACCUUGUGGAUGAAGUUUGUUUCUGAUGGAACUGUGAACAAGGCAGGGUUUGCUGCUAACUUUUUUAAAGAGGAAGAUGAGUGUGCCAAGCCUGACCGUGGAGGCUGUGAGCAGCGGUGUCUGAACACACUGGGCAGCUACCAGUGCGCCUGCGAGCCUGGCUAUGAGCUGGGCCCCGACAGGAGGAGCUGUGAAGCUGCUUGUGGCGGACUUCUUACCAAACUUAACGGCACCAUAACCACCCCAGGCUGGCCCAAGGAAUACCCUCCUAAUAAAAACUGUGUGUGGCAAGUGGUCGCACCACCCCAGUACAGAAUUUCUGUGAAGUUUGAGUUUUUUGAAUUAGAAGGCAAUGAAGUUUGUAAAUAUGAUUAUGUGGAGAUCUGGAGUGGUCUUUCUUCAGAGUCUAAGUUGCACGGCAAAUUCUGUGGUGCUGAUGUGCCUGAAGUGAUCACAUCUCAGCUCAACAACAUGAGAAUUGAGUUCAAAUCUGACAAUACUGUAUCCAAGAAGGGCUUCAAAGCACAUUUUUUCUCAGACAAAGAUGAAUGCUCUAAGGAUAAUGGCGGGUGUCAGCACGAAUGUGUCAACACGAUGGGAAGCUACAUGUGUCAUUGCCGUAGUGGAUUUGUGCUGCAUGAAAAUAAACAUGAUUGCAAGGAAGCUGAGUGUGAACAGAAGAUCCACAGUCCAGGUGGCCUCAUCACCAGUCCCAACUGGCCAGACAAGUACCCAAGCAGGAAGGAAUGCACAUGGGAAAUCAGUGCCACCCCCGGCCACCGAAUCAAAUUAGCCUUUAGUGAGUUUGAGGUCGAGCAGCAUCAAGAAUGUGCUUAUGAUCACUUAGAAGUAUUUGAUGGAGAAACAGAAAAAUCACCAAUUCUUGGACGACUGUGUGGUAACAAGAUACCAGAUCCUCUUGUAGCUACUGGAAACAAAAUGUUUGUUCGGUUUGUUUCUGAUGCAUCGGUUCAGAGAAAAGGCUUUCAAGCCACACAUUCUACAGAGUGUGGUGGCCGAUUGAAAGCAGAAUCAAAACCUAGAGAUCUGUACUCGCAUGCUCAGUUUGGUGAUAACAACUACCCUGGACAGGUCGACUGUGAAUGGCUGUUAGUAUCAGAACGAGGCUCUCGACUUGAAUUAUCCUUCCAGACUUUUGAAGUGGAAGAAGAAGCUGACUGUGGCUAUGACUAUGUUGAGCUCUUUGAUGGUCUCAAUUCAACAGCUGUGGGGCUUGGUCGAUUCUGUGGACCUGGGCCAGCAGAAGAUAUCUAUUCAAUUGGGGAUGCAGUUUUAAUUCAUUUUCACACUGACGACACAAUCAACAAGAAAGGAUUUCAUAUAAGAUACAAAAGCAUAAGAUAUCCAGAUACCACGCAUACCAAAAAAUAA